AUGGAGACUGAUCACCAAACCCUAGAAACUACUUCAGACCAGGUGGUCUGCACAUCAGAUGACCAAGGUCCAAGCCAAGCUAGGUCCUAUGAGUGCACCUUUUGCAAGAGAGGUUUCUCCACUGCACAAGCACUAGGUGGCCAUAUGAAUAUCCACAGAAAAGACAAAGCCAAGCUCAAGAAAGCUUCCAAUGAAGCUCAACAGUACUCUUUGGACAUCACAAAGCCGGCAUCCUUGUUUUCUCCAAUUCCUACAAACGCAAAAGACCCAUUGCAAGCUAUGUACAGUGAAGAAAGAAGCAAAAUUGCGUGGCCCAAUUGGAUAGUUUCUGGAGAAGAUACCACUAUCAGGGCUCAAACCCGUGUAGGGGAACCCCAGAAACUAACCUUUUUGGGGGAAACGCCAUCAAAUACUAGGGAUCGUAUGCUGACCAGUCAAGAUAUGAUCAGUACUGUUAACGCUGGAAAGGGUUUGUCAUCUGGCCAAGGAUCAUCAGGUGCUGAGUUAGAUCUUGAGCUCAGACUGGGGCCUGAGCCACAUGGACCAUCAAAGGCAACGGGUACCAAAAAGUUCUUCUAA